AUGUCGACGACGCGAGGAACAAAGCGCUCAGCCGACUCGGCCCCCAGCAGCGGGCCAAAGUUCAAGUCGGCAAAGUCGGCCAACUUCAAGGGCAAGUCGGACGGCGGCAAGCCCAACAACAAGCCCAGAUGGGACCACAAGGCCAAGCCCAGCAACUUCAAGGGCAAGGACAAGGCGCCUGCCGAGCAGCAGCAGCCGGUGCAGAAGCGCAAGCGGCCAGUGACGCAGGGCGGUGGCGAGGACGACGACGACGAAAUGUCGGUCGACGAGCAGGACGACGACGAGUACGACGAGGGUGCUGCCCCCGAGGCUGGCGCAGGCGAGGUCGAGAAGAAGGGCAAGAUGACCAAGGCUGAGCGUGCGGCGCUGCACGCCGCGCAGCCCCACCGGACGUCGCUCCUCCCCUCUCACCCCCUGCUGCAGGACACCCUGCUCCCCCUGUGGGAGACGGCCCGCCGCUCCGACACGCCCAAGGACGAGCGCAACGCCGCCAUCAAGGAGCUGUGGCAGGCCGUCAAGGGCCGCGUGGCCGAGAUCUCGCGUGGACACAAGGGUGGUCGCGUGCUCCAGACCAUCGUCAAGUACGGCGGCAAGGAGGAGCGCCUCGGCGUGGCCCUCGAGCUCGAGUCGCAGUGGCGCGAGAUGAUGGAGUCAAAGUACUCCAAGUUCCUCAUGUCCAAGCUUAUCCGGUACUGCCCCACGAUCCGCCCCAAGCUCAUCCCGCACAUCACCAAGAACAUUACGUCGCUCAUCUUCCACGCGCACGCCAUCUCGCCCAUCUCGGACUUUUACGACCUGUACGCUUCGCCCAAGGAGCGCAGGCUGCUCGUCCGCGGCUUCUACCCGCGCGAGGUGGCGCUGUUUGACGGCGCGGGCAAGAAGGCCGAGAUUGACGUUGCUGGUCUCGAGGGCGCGCUCGAGGCCACGUCGGAGACGGGCCGCGAGCGUGUCCUCGACGGCGUGGAGAAGACUGUCCUUGACAUCUUCAACAACACCCAGAAGACGGCCCUCGCCCAGUCCAUCUUCCACCGCCUCGUGUCCGAGUACCUGACCUGCAUCUACCGCUUCCUGGAGCCCGAGGCCGCAGACAAGAAGAUGCACGAGCUGCUCGCUGCGUCGCUCGAGUCGCUCCCCGAGAUCGUGCACACCAAGGACGGAUCUGCCGUCGUCCGCGAGCUGCUUGUGCGCGGCAGCGCAAAGGACCGUAAAUCGAUUCUGCAGCAGCUGCGCAAGCACAUUGAAGCGAUGAGCAAGGACGCCGACGCGCAGCUUGUGCUCUUCACGGCCUUUGACGUGGUCGACGACACCAAGCUCAUGGGCAAGGCGUUUGUCGGCGACAUUGUCGAGCAGGCGUCCAGCCUGACGGGGGACAAGAACGGCCGCCGGGCGAUCCUGUACGCGCUCACGCCUACUGCCUCGCGCCACUACCUUCCCUCGACGCUCAAGGAGCUUGCCGCGAGCGCCGCUGCCGCCCGCGAGGCGGGCACGAGCAAGAAGGACCCCGCCGUGCGCCGCAAGGAGCUGGUCGCACACGCUUCCCCCGGCCUGCUCAAGCUCGUCGCCGACAAGGCCGAGGAGCUCGUGCGCGACCCGGGAGCCGGGCUCGUCGUGCAGGAGAUCAUGGUCUACAGCACGGGCGACAAGGGCGACGCGAUCGCCGCGCUGGUUGAGCCCCUCCGCGUGCCGCUGUCAGGCGACGGCUCGCACCCCAUCGAGCUGGCGCACGCGACACGGACGUACAAGACGCUGCUUUCCGGCGGCCACUUCAACACGGCCACCAAGAGCAUCGACGUCGUCGACGACAAGCUCUCCCCUGCGUUCGCUGAGGCCUUCUGGAAGGCCAUCACGUCCGACGAGGCCGGCGGCGCCACCAACGCCAUCAAGGUCGCUGCUGUUGCGCCGUUUGUCGCCGUCGAGAUGAUCGAGGCGCUCAAGAAGACGCCGGUGUGGAACGACGCCAAGGCUGUGCUCUCUGGCGCCGACGCCCGCGAGGCCAUCGCCAGCAGCGAGAUGAAGGGCGCCAAUGUCCUCUCUGAGCGCCUAGCCGCGCUCUAA